AUGCCCCAGAAGCCUGUAGUGACUCGCAGCUUGGUCUCACUACCAGGUGGGGAUCCAUUGUACUUGGAGCCUUUCUGGAUGAAACAUGCAGCUAGUAGUGCAGUCUUAGUGGCUGGUUGGCAUCGAAUGAGCUACCGAUUUAGUGACGGUUCUGUCAUUUCACAAGAACUGGAGAAGCACAUCCGCAAAGUACAUGCCAUUGCCGGAAAUGCAGUUACAGAUGGAAGAUACAUUGUUGUUGGAGCUGGCUCAACCCAUCUCCUUGGCGCAGCAGUUUAUGCCCUUUCCACAGGGAACUCAUCUUCACCUGCAAAAGUUGUUGCUUCAACACCUUAUUACCCGCUUUAUAAACAACAAGUAGACUAUUUCCGAGCAGUUGAUUUUGAGUUUGAAGGGGAUGCAUCCUUGUUGAACAAUACUUCGGAUACCACCUCAAGAAUCAUUGAGUUUGUAACUUCACCAAACAAUCCAGAUUGUCAAUUGAGGAAGGCGGUUCUUAAUGGUCCAUCUGUGAGAACCAUUCAUGAUCACGCCUAUUAUUGGCCACAUUAUUCUGCAAUUCCAGCUCCAGCAGAUGAAGAUCUCAUGAUUUUUACAAUUUCUAAGCUCACUGGCCAUGCCGGAACUAGAUUUGGGUGGGCAUUGGUAAAGGAUGAGGCUGUGUACCAAAGAAUGCUGGAAUAUAUAUCCAUGUCCGAAUUGGUAACCUCUAAGGAUACACAGCUAAGAGCGUUACAGCUUCUGAAAGUAGUCCUGGAAGGAGAUGCAAGGCAAAUAUUUGAUUUUGCAUUCCAUAGAAUGAGAGACCGCUGGGAAAAAUUGAGCAAGACCUUAUCGACGUCAAAACGUUUUUCCCUACAAGUAAUUGCACCACAGUACUGCACUUUUUAUCAGAAAGUCAGAGGACCCUCUCCAGCUUAUGCCUGGUUGAAAUGUGAGAGGGAAGAAGACGGAGAUUGUGCUGUUGUUCUGCGAUCAGCAAAUAUCAUUGGUCGUGAGGGUACCAUGUUCAACACUGGGAGUCGCUAUGUACGUCUCAGCCUUCUCAAGAGGGAUGAUGACUUCAAUUUUUUGCUGAACAUGAUCAAGAAGUUAGUCUCGGAGGAAUAUCGUGCUGAAAAUAUGGGAAGAUUACAAUCAAUCAUUGGUUGA